UGUUUCAUCCCCACCAUCCUAGUAAACGAUUUUAAAACUUAGAAAGUAUUCAAAGGGAAGGUACUUUAAAACAGAUAUUUUAAGUGCUAAAUGUAUACUGUAAUUUAAAUCCUACCACCAAAACAAGAUUGACAAAUGUUUUUUGGAACCUGCCUAUUUAGCGUGGAUGACGUUUUUUGUUCUGCUGGGUUGAAAUUUCAAUAGUGCGUUACGAUUUCAAAAACUGAUUUAAAAUUAGAGUUUUUAUUACCGCACCGGCCAUGCUUUGACAUAUAACGAGUUAUUUACAGCAAGCUUCGUACAAUGUGCUAUGUGAAAACCACAGAGACUAGCUUAGCAGGAUAAUAUAAUUAAGGCUGCCUGGUACAGACGGGGGUGCCUAUAUAGCACUUAAUCGUUUAGUGUAAGCCGAUGGCAUACGUUCAGUAAUUUAAAAUUGAACAUGGCAUAUAAUAUAGAUCAAGUGUUUUUAGAAAUUGAUCUUUGCAUUUAAGCUGGUCCGAAUCUUUGCGUUAAUCUUAUAAGUUGUAAAGUGUGUGUUUCUAAAUGUCGUUAUUUAAAUCAUGUUCAUAUACCUUGUGUAUCUUUUGCUGUGGGAAAAGUUAACAGUGACAUCAGCAUUUCGUUCAUGCUCUUCCGGAAACAUAAUGUCAUACGCGCAUUAAAUUAAGCGAAUAAACAGGGAUGACAAACAUAGUCACAACAAAGUACUUAAAUGUAUCCUAGUCACAGCUAUACUGGAUUAGGAAAUGGAUACAUGUAGUUAGUAAGGUUUAAUGCGUCAAACAGUCAAAGUUGAGGCUUUGUUGUUAACAGUCAUGGUUGGCCAAGCAUGUCUGUUCAACUGUGAUGCUGCAUUUGUGCUUAUGGCAGAUUAUACAGUGCUGGUAAUUUAGCCUGCUCGGAAUGAGUCAAUAAAAUAUGAGUUCACAUCUGUGUAUUAGAUUAAAUUUCAAAUGCGUAAAGAAAGGAAUUCGCAUUAUAGGCCCACAGUCGUUUCAGGUUUAAUUUAACCACAAAAUGUAGCCCAUAGGCUAACUAUUUUGUAUUGUAUAUCUAUUAUCUGACAUGCUUUUGUUACAGAUAUAUCUCGUAGCUAAAAAUGGAGUUUAAUAUUUCUAACACAACUAUUUUUCCGUCACUGGAAGAGUCUGCGCUCAAAGAUAAUGUUGUACGCGCCGCCUACAGAGCAGUUUCGUUGCUGUUUAUUGUAGCUGACUUUUACCUUGUAGCGGCGCUUUUAACUUAUGAGUUGACUCUAAAUAAAAACAAAGCGAGAGGCGGAAGACCACUUCGUGCGCUAUGUAUACUGGCAGCUACUAUAUCGUUGCUGCACCAAAUUCUGCAGCAAUUUCUGUUGAUGGAAUACUCAGGAAAAAGCGAUACUGCUUGUAUGGUUAAUAUGUGCUUAAAAUCAACGGUUUUUAACCUACAAGUGACGACUACGUACGUUUUUUUGUGGAAGAGGCAAAGAAUGUCCUAUGCAAAUCCUGCUCUGCGCCAUUUACGGACAAAAUUCAUGGAGGUUCUGACGUGGGUUGUCAUGGUUUUAUUGCUGGUCAAUCCUUUUAUAAUGCUCGGUUUUCAGUUUAAGGGUAAACUGUACGAAGUCCAGAGAAACAAAUGCGUAGUCCUGAAACAGCCGACUGUAGAGCAAAUUCCUUACAUUGCAGUUGCAUUUAGCUAUUCUUUCAUAGAGAUCACUCUGAUAUAUUUGUACCUCAACCCACUGUAUAAGAACCGCUCCAAUCGUUUAUCCGACGUUUCCAAGAACGCUGCAUGCUUAGCCAAGAGCAACGCUUCGAAUUCGGAGGUCAUCUCAAAGCGCCUUGACACUAGCAAUAACUCUUCGCCUCUUUCCGUACAUAAGAACCUAGAAAUUACGAAACCGCCACCAAAAGAAUCAAAACUCCAAGCAAGAGCUCGUUUGGAAGCUCGAAUGAAGCACUGGCUUUGCCUAGGACUAGUCUGCAUGGUUUCUGAUGCUAUUUCAGCAACUAUUAUAGCUGUGUUUCUCAUAAUACAAACCCCGGGCAGCGUUAUCUCUAUAUCGUUCUUAUGGCAUGACAUCAGCAUGUUUAUAAACGUUGUAUGCUUGGUGGCUUGCUUUUCGAAAUACCGCAUUAUGCUUUUCCCUUUUAUGCAACUCUUGGACAAAUAACACAUCUUUUUUUCACGCCCUUUUAGCCUGUAAAUUUCGGUCUUUAAAGCCGAACUAUUACUAUAUCUCUCUCUUUAAAAUCCAGAGUCAUAAAAUAAGGGAGUGCACUCAACUGCCGCCUUUGUGUGUCCAAAAAAAAGCAAAUUAAGCGGUGGCAUUCGCAAUGGGUUUAAAGUUAAACAACUGUUUUGCUUUUGUAUACGCUUUUUUUGUAGGAAGUCGUAAAACAGCUUAUAUUUACCUUACCAAACACUUUUUCGCCAAAAAUAUAUAAUUACCCCCAUUAAAUGACUUAAAUGUCACAAAUCAACCGAUUUUGAUUCCAUUUUUAACUUAUAUUGACACAGAAAACAAAUUACACAAGCUUUUUUACACUUUCCAACCUUUAAAGUUGUUUUUGAGUCCAAGUUUUUCUGUAAUUUACCGAAAAACAUUUUUCCUAUACCUACUGUGUUAUUUUCGACACAAAUUUGCGUUCAAUUUGUCGUUUAUGUAACAAUGGGUUGUCCUACUCGGUAUUUUAUGGCUCUGUUAAAAGCAUUAAAAUGGUUACUGUGGUCAACAUUCGCAGUUCCCUUUUGAUUACAUCGUAAUUAAAACGUCGACUAACGUGCCUAUAAAAAAGAAUACAAUGGUGUGUUUUAGUCAAUGUAAGUAUAUCGUUAGGUUGGUCUUUAUAUAUAUAAGUUGUAUAUGUAUAUAGUAGGGUGGAGGAAGAUGGGACACUUGGUUAUUCUAUUGUCUAGUCCCAUUUUGGUGAUAACCAAAGAACAUUCAAAGAAUUGUAAAACCAUAUUCUCAUGACUCCCAUACACCGUUGUUAAUUGUUUAACAUGAUCAGGAUAUUAGGAUAUUAAGUGCUAAAGAUGUCACAUCAUACCCCACCCUACUAUACAUUGGUUUUAAUUCGGCCACUUUGUUUUCGACAAUUUAGAGCACUUUUGAAAUAUAUACAUUGACUUAUA